CACUAUUAAGCUCUACAUUAAGGUGGAGAAUCCUAGGAGCAUCUCUAUGCUACUAGUCUUUCAUGCAUGCCACAUGUGAAGCCGCCAUGUUGUCACCUUGUUGGCGCCAUGUCAUCUGCCACAUGUGACAUCCUCCCUCACCUAUGCUCGCGACGCUCUCGUCGCGUCCUAUUGAUGGAAUGCCUCGAUCAAGUCCUUGUUCUUCCAAUAGUGUCCAUGUAUGGGUACUGCUUCAACCGCAUCCGUCAUCCUAGCAUGCUUGGGUCGCCCGAAUACCCGGUUGUACCACCGACAUGGACGAGUUGUUCCUCCUCGUUCGGAUCUCAUCAUCCGUCGAAUCCGCAGACCGGAGCAUUGAUCAACUCUCCUGAUCUGUACGAGGUGCACUCCCUCCAGCUACCCACUCUUCACUUGAUAAUGUUGACGAUUGCUAUUGGCUUUCCCUGUCUCUCUCCUUGUGGUUCUAACAGCAACAACGAUGUAUGUAAAAUCUCUUUUGGCGGUGGCGAAGACGAUUUCUGUGGGCUGGAGGUCGUUCGAGGGAGUUUAAGGAAUGGGUAGGCGACGGUAUUCCAAGGUUGAAGAGUGACCACCUCGUCCUCCCCUCCUUUAAACAUGCUCCUUUCACUAGCCCUAAUCCCCAUCUAAUAUUUUUCGUUCACUAACAAUUAGCAAUUAAAUUGUCAUUAAAAAUAUUGGAAGGCCACCGAGAAGGCCUCUUAACUGCUGAACUAAAUUAGCCCUUAUCUCCAUGAUCUUGUCCCAAAUGUGGUUUAACUUUGGUUCGAGUCCAUGUAAUUAAUGGUUAACUCCAAUUCCACUAAUUUCUUAUCGGUUCAACCUAAACCCAAAACUCGGGGUGUUACAGUGGUCUUAGCAAUCCUUGGUCGAUUAGUUAAGAGAGCUAGCUUCCUAGCUUAUUUUGACAUUCCUUGAUUAAUCGUCUAAGGGAGUGGGGCUUCUCCACUAAUUGCAUUCUCCUCAUGAUAUGAACACACCUUUCAACACUAGAGUUCCAUUCGGUUUACCUUGAUACGAGACUAGGAGGAGCAAUACACAGGUGAAGCUUUCUCACUUUGAAUUUUGCUUUCAACUGUAGUUUUUUUAGCUUUAACUCCAAACUAUUUGUUAGAUAACAAUUUAAAGAUUGAAGUAGACAUGGACUGACUCGGGUUGACAUUUAAAACACUGGCCCUAUACUACACCCUACUAGAGUUUGCACUUGGGCUUUAGUUGAGAUUUAAUUGUGUAGUUAGGAACGAGUCAAGUUUUUGACGCUAUUAUCGGGAACGAGUCAAGUUUUUGACGCUAUUAUUCAGAAAAAGUCAUUUACCGUUAAUCUAGCUUUUCAAUUUUGCAUUGUUGAGUGUGAAUCUUGCUUGUCUUGGCUCAAGUUGUGUUUUGUGAAGUGUGUGUAGGAGGUGUAUGACCAGGAGUGAUCCGAAACCUUUGGCGCCACGAGAUGAAAACAUCAACCGAACUCUCUGACUCUUGGCUCGAGAGAGAGAGAGAGAGAGAGAGAGAGUUGAGGGAGGUAAGGGAAAGACUGGUGCAUUGGGGGCAACCAUACAUUAAACCCGAAGGAGAAUUUGAAGUUGAAGAGAAAGUUGAAUCAUAUAAGAGGUUGAAGUUGAAAAUCUUGAGAUGGUGGAAGAGCACGUCCAAGGAGAUGAAUAACCGAGGACGAUGGGUUAUUACAUGGCCCCACGGACGGCAGAUAUUCAAUCAAGUAUGCAUGCACCCGGGCCAUCAACAACUUUGAGAUAAAGCCGACCUCAUUACAAUGAUCAAGAACAUACAAUGCCAUGUACUAGAGAAUGAAUCUCCAUGAGAGCAUGUUAAGAGGUUUCUCGAGUUAGCGGGAGGUUUGAAGAUCAAUGGAGUACCCGAAGAGAACAUUUGGUUGAGGCUUUUCCCCUACUCUCUAAGUGAGAAAGCUCAACAAUGGUUGAACAACAAGCCACCCCUUUUGAUAACUUUGUGGGAAUAUUUGCUCAACAAGUUCAGGAACCAGUUCUACCCACCUUCCAAAAUGGCGGAAUACCGGAAAACGAUCACUCACUUCGUCCAAGAGGCGGACGAGACGUCAAGAGAUUCUUGAGAGCGAUACUCUGACCCUUUUCUCCAGUGUCCAUACCAUGGGUUUGGAGAGCAUUUCCUGAUCGAGACCUUUUACGACGGUCUCCUUUUAGAAGAUCAGAUUCUCAUUGAUUCAUUGUGUCAAGGGAACAUGUUCAACAAGAUACCACUGAGAUGACCACACUGUUUGAAGGUAUGGCCGCUAAGGGCUAUGAUUGGGGGUUGACGAGGCAUGAGAGAAGGACAUGAGAGAGGGGAGUACACUCCACGGAGGCGGAUCCUCCACUUAUAUCAAAGAUUGAUGAGUUGAUCUCGACGCUCCUACAUGAUAGGAAGCCGUUUAUGAUUUGUGAUUGGUGUUCAAGUCUUAACCAUGAGAUUCCUGAGUACCAACUUAUGAAGGAAAUGAUCACUCCCGAGGAGCAAGUGAGCUUCAAUGCUAAUGCUAGGGGAAUCAACAACAACAAUAGCA